GAGUAAGAGAAAGAGAGCGGAUGAAGAAUAGCCGCAGUGCAGGGGUGGCAUUCUGAGCAUCAGGCAUGGGGUCGUAGGUUAAAGAUAACCGGAGAAAAAGGGGCCCUUAAUACGCACCGUUUUGUUCAGAUUGUUCUCAGCACAAUCGAGUGAGUAGUAGAAAGGAAUCAAGGAUUGGGGAAUUCUAGUUUCAGAUUCUUAUAUGCCAACAAUGCGCUCCAGAAAACUCUUCAAUUCCUUUUACCGAACCAUUUCCUCUUCAAGUUUUCCUCCUCCUCCGGUUGUUUCUUCCCGAAGAGUAGUUGUCACUGGGCUAGGCAUGGUGACGCCACUUGGUUGUGGAGUGGACACAACGUGGAAGCGCCUCGUUGGUGGGGAAUGUGGGGUAAGGGCUUUGUCUUUGGAAGACCUCAAGAUGAAUGCUUUUGAUAGGGAAACCCAGUUGAGUACGUUUGAUCAGUUGACAUCCAAGGUUGCUGCUGUUGUUCCUACCGGAACCGAUCCGGGCGAAUUCGACCACCAAAUCUGGCUCAAUUCUAAGGACCAUCGAUCAAUAGCAAGGUUUAUAGCAUAUGCAUUAUGUGCUGCUGAUGAAGCUCUCAAGGAUUCUAAUUGGUUUCCCAUUGAGCAACAAGAUAAGGAAAGAACGGGGGUGUCUAUUGGUGGGGGAACUGGAAGCGUUAGUGACAUCUUGGAUUCUGCACAACUGAUCUGCGAGAAGCGCCUUCGUCGGCUUAGUCCAUUUUUUAUCCCACGGAUAUUGAUCAACAUGGCAUCAGGUCAUGUGAGCAUGAAAUAUGGGUUCCAGGGACCAAAUCAUGCUGCAGUCACUGCCUGCGCCACUGGUUCACAUUCUAUUGGUGAUGCAAUGAGAAUGAUUCAAUUUGGGGAUGCAGAUGUUAUGGUAGCUGGAGGCACAGAGUCCAGCAUUGAUGCAUUAUCAAUUGCAGGAUUCUGCAGGUCUCGAGCUUUGACAACAAAAUAUAAUUCAAGCCCACGAGAAGCAUCCCGGCCAUUUGAUAGUGGUCGAGAUGGAUUUGUGAUAGGUGAAGGUUCUGGAGUCUUGGUCUUGGAGGAAUUUGAGCAUGCAAAAAAUCGAGGAGCCAAAAUCUAUGCAGAGGUUCGAGGCUAUGGGAUGUCAGGUGAUGCAUAUCAUAUUACUCAACCUCCUAGUGAUGGGAGAGGAGCCAUUUUGGCCAUGACUCGUGCUUUAAGACAGUCAGGUUUUCAUCCUUCUGAAGUGGAUUACAUAAAUGCUCAUGCUACAUCUACACCUUUGGGCGAUGCAAUAGAAGCUAAUGCUAUCAAAACCAUGUUCUCUGACCGUGCAAGCUCAUCUGCUUUAGCCCUCUCCUCCACAAAGGGCGCUAUUGGUCAUCUCCUAGGUGCUGCUGGAGCUGUUGAAGCAAUUUUUGCAGUUUUGGCAAUACGGCAUGGAAUUGCUCCACUAACUCUUAAUUUAACUAAGCCUGAUCCUGUGUUCGGUGAUAGUUUCAUGCCAUUGUCUGCUUCAGAAGAAAUGCCAAUUAGAGUUGCUAUAUCAAACUCUUUUGGUUUUGGAGGCACAAAUGCGUCCCUACUUUUUGCUCACACAGGUUCGGACUGAUUUGACAGUUGCAUCUCAUUCCAUUCGCAUUAUUUAACGAGCUGAUUGUGUCAUGGUGAGGAGAGUUUAAUUGCCUAAAGCUCUUGGCAGCGUACAUGUGCUAGAAGUUUAUGCUUUGCCAUGUACAUUUUGAUGCUGCUGUUACUUUUGCUCAUUAGUUUUUGAAUGCUAUUAACUCUUAACUAUUUGGAACACAGCGUUGUUAAAAACUUUGAAUGCCAUUCAUAAAACGUUGAAUCCAAUUACAAAUUUAUGUUUAAAAA